GACAAGAAGUCACACACAACAACAAUGGCAGGCAUUCCUGCGGAGCAUCCUCGCUUCCAGGAAGAAUAACCUAUGGAUGCUGGGAGAAUGGACGUGAGGAGGCAAGGAGGAAGGAAACGUCUCCACCAAGAUGUCUAUCUCUGUCUGUUGUGACUGUCCACUGUCGCUCCUCAAGACUGAUACUACGACUUCCAAGUGAACAAGAGCCCACCGUAUUGGAAGGAAUGAACAGAAUCCUCAUGGCUUCAAUGCUGGGUGUGGCAGCAUGUGUGCUUCAAGUCGCAGCAUCAAAAGAAGACUUGAAGGUCAGCGUGUCCGUGUGGCCACCGGGGUCAAAGGUCUUUUUCGAGGAGUGCGUGCUGUUGCGGUGCACGGUGGAGUCCAACGCCACUUUCGUGUGGAGCUACCGCUGGUUCCGGCACAAACCCGACACCAUCCAGAAGACUCCGGGGAACCCCCGCCACCUGAUAUCUGGCGGAAGCUACUUCAUCACGGCGGUGACGAGGGAGGAUGCAGGGACUUACUGGUGCCGGGCCGAGCGCUCCGACAGCAACGGCAGCGUGGCGUUCAUGAGCGGGCCCACCACGCUGAGUGUAUCUGAUCUACCUCUUCCCUCACUGACUCUGACUCCCAGCACACGGCACAUGUUCAUUGGAGACACCUUCACUGUCCAAUGCCCUGAGCCCCUGACAAACUCCUCGGCGUGGGUGCUGAAGCAAACCUCUCCCAGCUAUGCAACAAGGACCUAUGACUCCAACACUGCUGCAUGUUCACCACUUGGGGGCUCUGUUAGUCCAGUGAGAUCUGGCAUCUGUGUCAUCUAUGCUGCACGGAAGCAUGCUGGGCUGUACUGGUGCGAGGGUGCCGAAGGCCGCAGCAACGCCAUCCACGUCACCGUUAGCUCUGGUCCGGUCAUCAUGAAGACUCCCGCCUUUGCCGUACCACAGGGAAGUAGUGUGGUCUUAUCCUGUCACUACUGGAGAGGCAACCACACUAAAAGCACCUUUUUUAGGAAUGGCAUUGAAAUAAGCACUCGCAGUUCAUCCAGCCCUGGUAGGGAUAUAAAACUAACCUUAAAGAAUGUAACAGAGGCGCACCAAGGCUCCUACAAGUGUGCUUCUCAGGACAGGAAGCUGGAGAGCCCAGAGAGCUGGUUAUCAGUAGGAGGCCACUCGUUAUCUGCGGACUUAUCAGCUGACGUCAGUCCUGGAUAUUGGAUUGGUUCAUGCAUUCUUAUCAUCGUCAUCCUGGCAGCUAUCUGGCUUAUUCAUUACUUCCGGUACAAGAUGCUCUACACCCAGAGCUGUUGGACACCUUCUAACGAGGAAUCUCCUGAGGUGGCGAUUCCGGCCACCAAGCAGGAUGUGACAGAGGGCGCGCCAACCCAGGGACACGAAAACCACUUACUUAAUAAAAAAUACUGGACAAAAUGCAUCUUUUUCACAGCGCAAUACGGAACACACACUUUUGUUUCUAAAUACGGGAUGAUUCCGUGUUUCAAGGGACGUUUGGCAAGCCUAUUCAAUUAGCAUUAAUGCC